CUUCCGGUCCGGCCCUUUUCUCCUUCCCCCGCUGCUAUCUUUUCUGUUACCGGCGCACGUGUGAAAUAAAUUUUAAUUUAAUUCUUAUUUACCCUUACAACGGCGGAACAAAUGGCGUCAAGCUUCGAACAGAUGAGGGCGAACGUGGGGAAACUCCUGCGAGGAAUCGAUAGGUACAACCCUGAGAACCUCGCCACGCUGGAGCGCUACGUGGAGACGCAAGCCCGGGAAAACGCUUAUGACCUGGAGGCAAACCUGGCUGUGCUGAAACUAUACCAGUUCAAUCCAGCUUACUUCCAGACUGCAGUGACUUCCCAGAUUCUGCUGAAGGCUCUGACCAACCUGCCACACACAGACUUCACUCUCUGCAAGUGCAUGAUCGACCAGACACACCAGCAAGAGGAACGACCGAUCAGACAGAUCCUCUACCUGGGGAACCUGCUGGAGACCUGCCACUUCCAGAGCUUCUGGACGAGUCUAGAGGAGAACAGAGAGCUCAUCGACGGCAUCACUGGUUUCGAGGACUCCGUCCGGAAGUUCAUUUGUCAUGUUGUUGGCAUCACCUACCAGACCAUCGACAGGCAGCUGCUGGCUGAGAUGCUGGGAGACCCGCUGGACACGCAGCUAAAGGGGUGGAUGAAUAAGUACGGCUGGACAGAGAACGAGGACGGACAGAUCUUCAUCUACAACCAGGAGGAGAGCAUCAAGCCCAAAAACAUCGUGGAGAAGAUAGAUUUUGAGAGUGUUUCCAGCAUCAUGGCUACAUCUCAGUGACGUUCGCAGACCCAACAACUGUUUUCAUUAUUGAUAAAAGUUAAAUAAAAUGAUGAUAAAAAUCAA